AUGGGCGCAUUGGGAAUUAUUCUUGAGCCCGCCGCGAUUGUGGCUACAUUUACAGCUGGUACCCUCAUCAACCAUCGCAAAGAACUCAAGUUCUCGGAGACACCUUGCGUUGAGACACCAUUGCUUGAGGACGAAGACUGUGAGGAUCUAAAACCAAGGAGGUCGUCCAAGGGGCACCCCAACAUCCAAACACGAAUUCUUGCCCGUUUUCCGUUUCUUAUAGAGAUAUGGUAUUGGCUACUUACAUAUUGGAUCUACCAAGGACUGCGCGCGAUUUCUGCCCGAGCGAUCAGCGGCAACGAAGCCGUUUUCGAGACGGCUAGGCGCCAUGCGCAUCAGAUCCUCAGUCUAGAACAUUUCCUCCAUAUAGAUGUCGAGCUACGGGUGCAACGGUUCGUCCUCACUCGCGCGCCUUGGCUAAAGGCUGUUCUCGCUAGAGUAUAUUACUCGCACAUUGUAUUGGGCGUCAUCUUCCUCGUCUAUGGCUAUACCUUUUUCCAAAGGGGAAAAUACCAAGGAGUCCGCCGCACUCUGGCUCUCGAAAAUGUGAUAGCCUUUACAAUCCUCACUCUUUGGCGAUGUACUCCGCCACGACUACUGCCGGAGGAGUACGGCUUCGUCGAUAUGCUGCAUGACAACAGUGCCGGAUCCGCUUGGACACAAAACAAGUUCCAGCUCACAAUUGCGGCAAUGCCUUCGCUGCAUUUUGGUAACGCUGUUUUCAUUGCUCUGAGCUUGUUGCGAUACAGCCCACACUGGUUCAUUCGCCUUGUUGCGCCGCUCUGGCCCGUGAUGAUGGGCGUGACGAUUGUCGCAACGGCAAACCACUUUGUUCUGGAUGCCCUCGUCGGUGUUUGCGUGACAUUGACGGCGUAUAGAUUCAAUCAUGCCAUGUUGGUUUUGUUGCCGGUGGAGCGGGUACUGUUCAAGUUGCUUCGCAUUGAGAAGCCGGAACAAGAGUGA